AUGGGACGCCCUCACCGUCGAGGAACCGACAUCGAUCUGGAUUCUCCAUACCCGCCCUACCCAUACCAGUAUGAACGUCCUGCUGGCCCCUAUGACGACCCGUAUCCCGCCCGCGGCCGCAGUCCAGGUCCUCGUCGUCGCGGCAGAUCAGAGCCCGCUGCUCCCCCUGUCGCUUCAUACGACGACCAUCACCUAGAACCCGAGCCCGAGAAAGAGUCGCGCGAGAGUCGCAAGCAUCGGAAGGACCGUAAGGACCGUAAGGACCGCAAGGACACCGCCCCGGAUGACUACCCUCCUCCGCUAGACUCAAAACCCGACCGCAAACCCCCCAGAGACCGCCACCACGACGACGACGCCUAUCCCCGACGCGUCCGGAGCCACGGUCGCUCAGCCGCCGGUCCCUACCGUGCCGCUGACGACCGCCAAGACUUCGAUGCGUACGCGCCCGCCUCUCGCCGAGGUCGCGAGCGCCAACACGCCUACCACCCGCCCCGGACGAGCGAUACUAGACGCUCCAAAUAUCCCGAGUACGAUCCGGAGCCGCGCCCUAGCGACAGACGCCGCUCCCGUCACGCCGACUAUGACGCUGAGCCUCGUGUCAGCGAUAGACGAAGAUCGCGCCACGCCGAUCAUGACGGUGGUGUCCCUCGUGACACUGGCGAAUCACGUCGCUUUCGAUAUCCCGACUACGACUCCGAUCCCCGCUCUGCCCCGAAAGAUUACGCCUCUCAGGGCCGCGGCCGUUACAGAAACCACUCGCCAGAUCAGCCCACACCGCGCCGUUCGGUCAGAGGUCGGUCAAUGCCGAGGAAAGCCGCCGUGAACGGCGCCGCCGCCGGGGCCCGCCCAAGAGCCAAGUCUGCUGUCGGGUACGCCGCACUCGGCGAAGCGGCCCAGACCGCUUUCCGCGUCGGCAGCCAGGCGGCCUAUCAGAUGCGCAACGAUCCCGGCCCUUGGAUAGGUGAGAAGGGUGGCCGUGUUGCAACGGCUGCCCUGGGCGCCGCUCUGGUAGACACGUUUGUUGGUCACAAGGCCGCGAACAUGCAGGGCGGUAAGCGCCAUCAGGUUUUACGGCAGGCCUGCGAGAUGGGUAUCCGCAAUUUCGUCAUGACACCGGCGGUAAAUAACGUCAACCGACGAACUGGGAGCGGUGGUAGAGAAGGAAGCGGUCGCAAACGACGCUAA